AACAUGGCGGCGGCGACCCGCCGAGACGCCUGAGCCGGUCACAAGGGGCGUGUUCCACUCCAGUCAUGGCGGCCCCCGGACGGGCCGCUGGCAGUAGGGCUCUGGAAAUGUGCGGUCUGGGGCGGAUUUUGGAGGCGUUGAAGCUGCUGCUGAGCCCGGGAGGAUCAGGCUUAAGUUCACUACAGAUGACAAAAUGUGAUGUCCUGCUGGCUACUUUAAAAUCGAACCUGUCCGCUUUGGAGGAUGAAUUGCUGAAGGAUCCUCACUGGAAUGAAUUGAAACUCCUGAGGGAUGAAAUUGCUAAUAAGGCAGAAUGGCCACUAAACUCUGUGGAUGUCACCUGGAGUUUUACCUCUCAAACCUUACUGUUGCUGUUGUGCUUGAAGGAAACCAUGAUCUACCUUGCGGCUGAUUUCAGUCCAGGUAAACCCAACCCGAGGACUCCAGAAGCUGCCCCUGCCCUGAGCCCAGAUACACUUAGUGUCGCACAGCAGAAGACUGUCCAGUCAGCUUUGCAGUUUGUGGUUACCUUGGGUAUCUGCCCCUAUCUCAUGCCUGGUGUUGGAGUCCCUCUGAGAUGCAGGACUGAGUUUGGUGCUGGUGUUCAGGAUGUGGUACGUCUUGAUGCUGCCCCAGAUGCAGCCCAGAGACUUUACACCAGCUGCAGGGUCCUCCUGAAUAUUGCACAGCAUGCAUCUCUGGGGAGCUUGAUUUUCUGCCGCCAUUUGGGGGAUAUUGCAGCAGGUCUGUGCCAGCUGGGAUUCUGCCCAACUAAGAGGAAAUCACUAAAACCUGAGGGAGAGGUAUUAACUGAAGAGGAAAGAGCCCUAUCUAGGGAGGCCUUGAGAGACAUCCUGGAUCAAGUGUAUCAGCCAUUAGCAGUCCGAGAAUUACUUAUCCUCCAGGGAGGACCAGCCCAGUCUUGCACAGAGGCGAAGACACAAGUGAGGUGCCGGGCCCCAGCCUGGCUUCGGCGUCUAUGUGGGCAGCUGCUCUCCGAAAGGUUGAUGAGACCCAGCGGUGUUCAGGCGGUAGUCCGGGGCAUUUUGGAAGGAGCAGGUGCUGGGCCGGCUGGUGGGAGUGAUGCAGAAGCCACAGCCGCCGACUGGAAGAAGUGUGACUUGAUUGCAAAGAUCUUGGCCUCUUGUCCCCAGCAGUCUCUUUCACCAGAGGAUUACUAUCGGGAUAUCUGCCCCCAGAUUCUAGAUUUAUUUCACUUUCAAGAUAAAUUGACAGCACGACAAUUUCAGAGAGUUGCCACCACUACCUUUAUAACUAUGUCAAGUGAACAUCCACAACUGGCUGCAAAGUAUUUACUUCAGCCCCUAUUAGCUCCUCUUCAUCAGUGUUUAAAUACAGCAGAGAUUCCAGAGAGUGACAUGGUACCAGGGACCAUUUUGGUGACAGAAGAAGAACUUACUAGAUGUAUUGAGGAUGUAUUUAAGGUGUACGUGGUCGGGAAUGACCCUUCACCAGUUUUGGUGGAUUCCCUGCUUCCUGUUCUGCGGGUGCUCUUUUCGCUCUACUGUUUCACCAAGCAGAGUGUGUCUCACAUAAGGUCACUUUGCCAAGAGAUCUUAUUAUGGAUUCUAGAGAAGCUGGAGAGGAAAAAGGCAAUUGCCAGCCUGGAAGGAUUUGCAGGGUUGAACAAAUCUGUGUCCUCUCUCCAUUCUCUGUGUCAGUUUAGAGCUGCCGCUCAGGGUGGCAUUAUGAUUACCAUCAAGGAGGCCAUUUGUGAUGAAGAUGAAGAUGAAGCCCUAUACCAGAAAGUGUCCUCAGAGCAGUGCCAGCUAGAGUGUCUUGGGGACUUGUUAUUCUACUGCCAAGAAUGUGGCUUGGCAGGCGACUUUUUUAUCUUCUGCCUGAAGGAUUUGACUCACGUGGCCGUGGAAAACAAAGCAAAAUUGGAAAUGAAGCCCUUCUCCAGCCAAAGCCUCUUGGAAUUAGAGCAGCACCAAACUCUUCUUGUGGAAGGCCGGGAGCAGAAGCUGCUGGUCCUACAGCUGAUGGCUGUUCUCUGUGAGAGAAUGUCUGAGCAGAUAUUCACAAACAUCACUCAGGUUGUGGACUUUGUAGCAGUAACGCUGCAGCGAGCAUGUGCCAGCUUGGCCUGCCAGGCAGAGAGCACUGUGGAGUCGCAGACACUGAGCCUGUCCAUGGGGCUGGUGGCUGUCAUGCUUGGAGGAGCUGUUCAGUUGAAGUCAAGUGAUUUCGCUGUCCUGAAGCAACUGUUGCCUUUGUUGGAGAUGGUGUCCCGCACAUACCCUGACCCUGUCAUCCAAGAACUCGCUGUGGAUCUCCGCAUUACCAUCUCUACCCAUGGGGCCUUUUCCACUGAGGCUGUCAGUGUAGCUGCCCAAAGUACCCUGAACAAAAAGGAUGCAGAAGGGAAAACAGAAGCGUGUCAACAAGCAAGUCAUGGAAGAAGCACUGAUGAGUCUCGUAGCCACUUUGAACAACAUCAAAGCCAUGAAAAACCCAAGCAGACAGGCCUGAAGUCUGCUGCACUCGUUCCUCAGGUCAGUCAACACAGCCCUAUUACAAACCAGAAAUCUGGAAGCAUAACCACAGAACAGCUGCAGGAGGUUCUUUUAUCAGCUUACGAUCCUCAGAUUCCAACACGGGCUGCUGCCCUGCGGACUCUUUCCCACUGGAUAGAGCAGAGAGAAGCAAAAGCCCUUGAGUUGCAAGAGAAGCUUCUCACGGUAUUCUUGGAGAACUUGGACCAUGAAGACACCUUUGUAUAUUUGUCUGCUAUUCAGGGGGUUGCCCUGCUGUCAGAUGCAUACCCUGAGAAAAUCCUGCCUGGCCUGCUGGCUCAGUAUGACAGUGGUAAAGACAAGCACACACCGGAGACCAGAAUGAAAGUUGGGGAAGUCCUGAUGCGAACUGUCAAGGCAUUAGGGGACAUGGUCUCAAAGUACCAAGAACCUUUGAUCCACACCUUCCUGAGGGGUGUGAGAGAUCCAGAUUGUGCACACAGGGCCAGCAGCUUAUCUAACCUUGGAGAGCUGUGCCAGAGGCUGGACUUUCUGCUGGGCUCCGUGCUUCAUGAGGUAACAGCUUGCCUGAUUGCUGUGGCUAAAACAGACCAUGAAGUUCAAGUACGCAGAGCUGCCGUCCAUGUGAUUGUGCUGCUGCUUCGGGGCCUCAGCCAGAAAGCUACCGAGGUGCUGAGGGACGUCCUCAAGGAUCUCUAUCACCUGCUGAAGCACGUGGUACAUUUGGAACCAGAUGACGUGGCCAAGCUCCAUGCCCAGCUGGCCCUGGAAGAACUGGAUGAGAUAAUGAGAAACUUCCUGUUCCCACCACAGAAGUUGGAGAAAAAGAUCGUGGUCCUGCCAUAGGCCCGGCCCGAGGAUCUAGAAGUGGUGUUGGGACCACGCAGCCAGAGCAGUGCCCAAGCCUUCCAGCAGGGGGCCCCACGGCUUCUUCAGUGCUGACAGUGUGGCCGACUCCAGAGGUGGCUUUGUGUCUCUGGUCAGCUGUGUCUUUAGGCUGUCCUUCCCAAAGCGUCAGUUUAGCCACACUGCAUCCAGCCUGAAGUGUGUGUCGUUAAAAGAAAAAAGAUUACAGAUCUCAUUAACCUGCACAUUUUUCUCUGUUCUGUAGCAUUUAGAGAAGGAUGUCUACCCCAUGGAGUGUAUAUUUAACACAAUUGAGGGAAUUGACUAAUUGGCCAGUCUCUUCUUGCAGCUUGAGUAUAAGAGGUUGGCCACCCA